AUGGAUCUGCAGACGACUAUGGAUACAUUCAAAGGCGGAGAGAACUUGUUGGUUGGACUUCAGGAUGUGCUCCAAGACUCUCAAACGAUUGGAUCGGCGUCACGGAUCUUUUGGAGUAUGGAGAAGGUCAAUAAGAUUGUGGUGUUGGGCCAAGAGACAGUGAAGAUUAUUCAGGAUAAGAUGAAGGGUGUGGAUCCGGAUGAUCAGAAGAAUCUCGAUCAGUUACUCCUAGUCGAUAACCAGUUGACUACUGUAUACGCACAAAUCGAUGGAGUCAAGAAAUCUACCCUACCACCUCUUACAUCUGAUCUAUCCUCACUUCAUCCUGUCUUCUCAUUGACUAAAUCUGCUCCAGGAAGCCCCAUGGAUUUUUUGGAGAUAGGAAGAUCGGUUGAGAAACUUAACAAAGAUAUCACAUUGACACCUGAACAGCUCAAGUCACUUCUGGAAGUUACGAAGAAUCUGGAGACACUUGACACCUUUGGAUUAGACUAUGCCAAACACCACAAGGAUAUCGAUAAGUCGAAGAAGGCGCUCAAUCAGAUGGACUUGUUUUUCGCGGACUACAAAUCCAAGGGUACAGUAAUCCCUACGACAACAGGAGCACCAGUGGAAUCCUCAACUGAACCAAUGUCAUCUGAAGCGCCAUUACACUCGGAUGCGUCUCCUGGAGCGCUUGGCCCGUCGACGGAAGAUGAGAGUACGGGGAUUUGGUUUAUAUUCUGUCCUACAUUUAUUACUUGUUGA